CUCCGGCAUUGGGUGUCACGACUCUGAUACUUCGUGAUUCGUUCUAAAUUCAGACUAGUCUCAAAUUUAGACAACAAUCGACCUCGGGCCCGCAUGAGUUCAGACGAAUAGAUACAAAUAGCCCGGCGUAUGGCUGGUCAUGUUCGACCAAUCUUGACACAUGAUGCUCCUCACUCCUAUACUCCUGGGAGCAGCCUCAGUCGUUGUCGCCCUCAGUCCUGAGCAAUGGAGAGCUCAAUCCAUUUAUCAGGUCGUCACAGACCGGUUCGCUCUUGACGGUGGAGCCUUGUCACCGACAUGUACCGGCGAUUUUGAACUGUCAAUCUUUUGUAACGGUUCGUUCUAUGGACUCAUUGACAAGUUGCAGUACAUCAAAGACAUGGGAUUCACAGCGCUGUGGGUUUCACCCGUCGUUGAGAACAUCGAAGGGGGGACACCAGAUGGAUACACGAAAGAUGGCUCCCCGUAUCACGGCUACUGGGCUAAAGAUAUAUACAGUAUCAAUGACCAUUUCGGGGGCAGUGAUGGCCUGAAAGCUUUGUCCCAAGCUCUACACAAUAACGACAUGUACCUCAUGGUCGAUGUAGUUGUCAACCACAUGGGAUACUAUUGUGGUGCGGCUCUUGAUGGACAUUGUGGACCUCAGGGCACGGUCAAUUACAGCAUUUACAAUCCGUUCAACAGCGAAAAGUACUUUCAUCCGUUCUGCGAGAUCGACUACAACAAUGCUACCAGCAUCUUGGAUUGCUGGGAGGGCUCUGAGAACGUGCCUCUCCCUGAUCUCAGGACCGAAGACACGGUAGUGCAGCAAAUGUUUGACUCAUGGAUUUCGGGCCUGGUUUCAGACUACUCAAUCGAUGGGCUCCGGAUCGAUAGUCUACAACAGUCUGGCUCGUUCUUCUUCCCAUCCUUCUUUAACGCGACUGGGGGUAUGUACAUGGUCGGCGAGGUUUUUCAAGAGUACCCCAAGAGAGUGUGCUCCUAUCAGCAGGAAGGCAUGCCCGGAGUUUUGAAUUAUCCAAUGUUUUACUAUGUCACAGACGCCUUUUCGACUAGUGACGGUAGCAUGAGUGGACUGGCGAAUGGAAUCUCUUACAUGCGAGGCAACUGCAGCGAUGUGACCCUUCUUGGGUCAUUCUUGGAGAACCAAGACAAUCCCAGAUUCCCAAGUCUGACAGAAGACAUCACACGCUCGAUGAAUGCGAUCACCUUUGUCAUGCUACAAGAUGGCAUCCCUAUUGUAUACUAUGGGCAGGAACAGCAUCUCAACGGUGGCGAGGUCCCUUACAAUCGGGAAGCGCUCUGGUCCACAGGUGGAUACAAUCAGUCAGCACCGCUGUACGAGAUGAUCACCUCGAUCAACAAAGCUCGGACCGCAGCGAUCCAGCAAGACGCUAGUUUCGUGACAGACGAGAUGCAAAUUCCGUACUAUGAUGAUCACGUCAUCGUUGCCCGCAAAGGCCGGAGCGGUGAUCAGAUAGUCAGCAUAUACGACAACCGAGGAUCAAGCGGCGCGAGCUCUGGGUUGACUCUUUCGCAGACCGACACAGGCUUCUCAAGUGCUGAACAAGUCAUGGAUAUUCUCUCCUGCGAGCAGUACACCACGGCCUCCGAUGGAUCCCUCUUCAUGCCUCUUGGCGGCGGUCUACCCAAGGCCUUGGUGACACAAUCUGUUCUCGAGUCCAGUGGUCUAUGCACAACUUACACUGCUGACUCGGUAGCGGGGCCAACCUCGGUUGGGAGCUCUACUACAUGCGCCAAUGCUACUGUGGUCUUUGAUAUCUAUGUGACAACAAGCUACGGACAGUCGGUUGUGAUCGCGGGCGAUAUCUCAGCGCUUGGCGACUGGACACCAGCCAAUGGUCUCAAGCUUUCAGCAAAUGGAUACACGGCUGAUAGUCCUCUGUGGACAGGCUCAGCGCAGGUCGAUCCUGGCACAGUGUUCCAGUGGAAACCAGUGAUCAUUGAGACCAAUGAAUCCGAAGAUUGGUAUUCUGGUGACAACUUGCAGAAUGCUUCACAGGCGGGCUGUCACCCCCAGAGUACGACGAUAUUAUUGGACUGGACUUCGUAG